AUGGCCGCCGCAACCUCAAAAGCAAUCCUUCAGCUCCACCACAACCACCACCACCAUCCCGCCACCGCCACCAAAAAUGGGCUCUCCAUAUCAUCAAUCCAUGCCUAUCAAAAUUCCCCUUUUGAAACUCACCCAAGUCUAAAACCUUCCAACAAGGGCAUUAAACUGGCUGAAUCAUUGUCUAACCUGUUACAUCUGCACAUUGAAAGAAACCUUAAUCAUCAUCCUUCGAACGUACCAAGAAUUGAAGAUAAGCACGAUACUCCAACAAUGUCUCCUAAGGAAGAUAUAUCGAAAAAAUGGCAAGAAAUUCAUGGUUCUAAUGACUGGAAUAAUCUUCUUGAUCCACUUCAUCCUUGGCUUAGAAGAGAAAUAGUCAAAUAUGGAGAUUUUGCACAAGCAACCUAUGAUGCAUUCGACUUCGAUUCGUUCUCUGAGUAUUGCGGAAGCUGUCGGUACAAUCAAAGAAAACUUUUCGGAAAGUUAGGCCUUACCGGAAGUGGUUAUAAGGUCACAAAAUACUUAUACGCUAUGUCGAAAAUAGAUUUGCCUAAAUGGUUGGAAAGAUCAAGAUUUGCUGAUACUUGGAGCAAAGAUUCAAACUGGAUUGGGUUUGUGGCAGUGAGCGACGAUCAAGAAACACGACGAAUUGGACGACGUGACAUUGUUGUGGCAUGGCGUGGUACGGUCGCACCAUCGGAAUGGUACGAUAAUAUGCAGAGGAAAUUAGAGCCAAUUGGACAAGGAGAAGCGAGAGUGGAACAUGGGUUUCUUAGUAUGUAUACAUCUAAGAGUGAGUCCACUAGGUACAAUAAGUCUAGUGCCUCAGAAAAAGUCAUGAGAGAAGUGAAGAAACUAGUGAAUUACUACAAGGGAAGAGGUGAAGAAGUUAGCCUAACGAUCACAGGCCAUAGUCUCGGUGGUGCAUUGGCACUUCUUAAUGCGUACGAAGCUGCAAAAAAUUUCCCCGGCCUUCCGAUCAGUGUCAUAUCAUUUGCAGCACCCCGAGUAGGCAACAUUGCCUUCCGGGACGAACUUUAUCAAAUGGGUGUCAAGACUUUACGCUUGACAAUAAAUCAAGAUGUCGUCCCAAGAAUGCCAGGUAUAGUAUUCAACGAGAGUCUACAAAGGUUUGAUGAUAUUACGGGUACAUUGGAGUGGAUAUACACUCACGUGGGAGUAGAACUGAAACUCGAUAUAAGAUCAUCUCCAUAUCUAAAGAAAGGGAUGAAUUUAAUGGGAAUUCAUAUGCUCGAAACAUAUCUUCAUUUAGUCGAUGGAUUUCUCGACAGCACAACGACAUUUAGAUCAGAUGCUAGAAGGGAUGUUGUAUUGGUGAAUAAAGAUUGCAACAUGCUUGUGGAUGAAUUGAGAAUUCCUCAUAAUUGGUACCAAUUGGAAAAUAAGGGACUUGAACGUAAUUUCCAUCGGAGGUGGGUUAAACCUACUAGGGAUCCAGAGGAUAUACCCUCACCUACAGUUGAGUCAUACAGUAAUGUACUUGAACCUACGAACAUAAUGCUUCAUUUAGAAAGUCGCAAAGAAUUGCAACAAAACUGUUGA